ACUACUUUUCAUUUCCACCGUCCCUUUAAUCAAACUAAACCAUAUCAAUACUGUGAUCCAAACACCUUCUCCACCUUUCAUAUUCAUGCAUUAAGGUCCAAAUAUUCAACCACUUGCUUCAAUCAUUUACCUUAUUAUAUAAAGGAUCUAGUUUUUUUAUUUGUUUUCUACUGCUACAAAUAUCUUUUUUCUGUCCAAUUCUCAUCAUAAGAAAACAUGAUGCUAAGAAGCUCUUCUACACCAGUUCUUGGAUCUCUCCUCUCAUCCAGUUCCUUUCCUGAUAGUCCUAAUCAUCAUGAACCUUGUCAUGCACUCAAGCAUCUACCACCACCAACACAUCACAACAAGCUCUCUUUCCAUCAAUCUGGUUCGUUCAAUCUCUCAUGCAGUUCUUCUCCGAUUUCUCCUUCCAUUACUGAUCUUGAAAGACAAAACAAAGGGUUGAUUAGAAGAGUUCAAUCUGAAGGUAACUUGGAAGAUCUAGCUUAUGCUAAUGAGGAGAGAUUCAGUUGUAUGGAUCAUUCUUCUAAGAGGUAUUCAGUGAGACAAAGAUGUUUGCCACUUGAGACUAUUCCGUCUUUCUCUCUUUCUAAGCGAACAGGUUUGCGCGAAGAAGAGGAAGAUGUUGAAGAUGAAGAAGACUCUGAUGAUGAGUUUAGUGUGAUGAGUAGUAUGAAGGUGAGUGGAGAAAUGGAUAGAGUUUGCAGGGUGAGAUUUGGGGAGGAGGGAAAGGUUGGUAGUAAAGAAAUGUAUCUUGCAAAGGGGCUUGGUGUUGAUGUGUGUGGUGAUGGAAUAGGUGGCGGCUGCAGAGGAGGCAAUGGAGGAGGUGGUGAUUCUAAUUUCAUGGGAUCUAGAGGGAAUGAUGGAGAUAAUAAUAAUCAUGGGGUGGAAGAAUAUUACAAGAAAAUGGUGCAGCAAAAUCCAGGGAAUUCAUUGUUCCUGAGAAACUAUGCUCAGUUUUUGUAUCAGAGCAAACAAGACCGUGAAGGGGCAGAGGAGUAUUAUUCCAGAGCCAUACUAGCAGAUCCAAAUGAUGGAGAAGUUUUAUCACAGUAUGGAAAACUAGUUUGGGAGCUGCAUCAGGACGAAGAAAGAGCCUCUAGCUAUUUUGAACGAGCAGUACAGGCCUCUCCUGAAGACAGUCAUGUACAAGCAGCGUAUGCGAGUUUCCUUUGGGACACAGAGGAAGAUGAGGAUGCAGGUUGUGACGAGAUGCAAUGCUUACCUCAACAUUUUCAUGUGGGAGCUAUGGCUACUACUGGUGCUUAGAAGAGAAAGGCUGAAAACAUUUUCUGAUGUAUAUAAGGGUCUCUUAGAUGACUUGGAGCUUUAUUGUAGAGAACCAGAAAUCACAAGCUGAGUUUCUUUUGCAGUGUCGGUUCAUUGGGUUCAAAAUUACUUAGACUUGCUUCAAGUUUGUAACCAUUUAAGUAAUCAACAAACCAAUUGAUCAA